GACUCGACCGCCUGUGAUGAUGCGGCAUGGGACAAGGGAAAUUUCCAUCAUGGGAGACUCCAAACAUGCACUGGCAUGCUGGCAGUUGAGAAGUGGUCAAAUGUCGGCCCCCCAAUGGCUUCUGAGAACACAGUGCUGCAUUCACAGUGCGACAACGCCAUGGCAUCUCUGAAUGGCUCCCGAGUCCUAAAUCUUAGGACGGCGGCAUGCCAAUGCGUCUUCCGUUACUAGGUAUAUUGUCUGCCACUGAUGUGCAGGAUCCUGCUGUGGUAACCAGCUCGCUGCAGCGUCCCUUGUGUCACUUGGCAGCUUCCAGUGUUGUACAACAACUGCAGUGGUCUCCCCCUAGCUUAUAAGCCCCUUUUACAUUGGCCGUGAGAAGCACAAAAUUUGCUGAAGAAUGAGACACUCAAUUGCCCUAGCUGCUUGAAUGUAAGCGUCACACAUUGGCCCAGCAUAGCUGCUAGCAGUAAAGCUCCAGUACUGAGUCCCAGCUUGUAAUUGCAUUCCUUGAUUCCCCCCGUUCAACAGCUACUGGGUCAAACUCACCGUCCCAAUCAUGGCUUUCGCGGCCCCUGGAGGCGGCGCAGCCGUCUUUGAGCGGGGGCGUGGCCCUGGGUUCACCUUCUCUAUGCAGCCUUCCGGGCUUUCCAACAAUGCGGAAGACACCGCAGACUUGGAAUUGGCAGCCCUGCAGAUACAAAACACUUUGGUGCGCACACGCCAUGCGACUGUGCCGAUUGACGAGCGGCUGGAGGCGUAUGUGAGGCAGGGGAGCAAGCUCGGGACAAUUGACAUCUCACAUCUGAAGCCUGAGGAGCAGAAAGUGGUCGUGGAGAAGGCCCUGCAGACGACCGACCAGGACAAUGAAUUGUUCUUGAGGAAGCUGCGGGAGAGGGCCGCAAGGGUGGGUAUUGCGCCCCCGACCAUUGAAGUCCGGUACGAAGACCUCUGCAUCGAUGCUGAUGUCUAUGUUGGGUCGCGAGCCCUGCCUACCCUCACCAAUGCAUCUCUGAACCUGGUCGAGGAUGUGGCGGUGCAAACUGGGGUCCUCAAGAACAAGAAACGGGACUUCGCUGUGCUGAAGAAUGUGUCCGGCGUUCUCAAGCCUGAGCGCAUGACCCUGCUUCUGGGCCCCCCCGGCAGCGGCAAGACCACUCUGAUGCUCGCCCUGGCGGGGAAGCUGUCGCGCGACUUGCGCAUGAGGGGGAAGAUCUCGUACAACGGGCGAGAGCUGCACGAGUUUGUGCCCCAGCGCACGGCCGCUUACAUCAGCCAGGUGGACACGCACACCCCCGAGAUGACGGUGCGCGAGACGUUUGAUUUUGCGGCGAGAAUGCAGGGGCCGGGUUACAGAUCAGGGCUGCUCAAGGAGCUGACCAAGAGAGAGUUGGAGAAGAAGAUCAUGCCCGAUCCUGACAUCGACGCCUUCAUCAAAGCUGCCUCUUUGGAAAACAAGCAGCAAAGUGUUUCCACAGAGUACAUCUUGCGGACCCUCGGCCUGGACGUGUGCGCAGACACAAUCGUGGGAGGAGAGAUGGCACGGGGCAUCUCCGGGGGCCAGAAGAAGCGCGUCACGACGGGGGAGAUGAUCGUUGGGCCCAAGCAAGCGCUGUUCAUGGACGAGAUCUCCACCGGGCUCGACAGCUCGACCACGUUCCAGAUCGUCAAGUGCAUGCGCAACUGGGCGCACUACGCUAAGGGCACGUGCCUGAUGGCCCUGCUCCAGCCCGCGCCCGAGACGUUCGAGCUGUUCGACGACAUCCUGCUGCUCAGCGAGGGCUGCGUGGUGUACCACGGCCCGGUGGGCGAGGUGCUGGCCUUCUUUGAGGCGCAGGGCUUCAAGUGCCCCGAGCGCAAGGGCGCCGCCGACUUCCUGCAGGAGGUGACGUCACAGAAGGAUCAGCAGCAAUACUGGUCGCGCGACGGCCCCUACCGUUACGUCCCGGUUUCCGUCUUCGCCGAAGCGUUCAAGCAGUCCAAGCACGGCGAGGCGAUCGCCCAAGAGCUGUCUGUGCCGUUCGAUGCCGCCAAGGACCAUCCGAUGGCCCUGGUUAAAGAAAAGUAUGCGCUCUCCACGUGGGCCAUGCUGCGGGGGUCGUUCCGCCGUGAGCUGUUGCUGAUGCAGCGGAACAUGUUCCUUUACCAGUUCCGGGCUACGCAGACGGCCAUCAUGGCGUUCGUCUCCGCGACGGUGUUUUUCCGCACCACGCUCGGCGUCGACGUGGACCACGCGGGCAUGUACCUGGCCUUCAUCUUCUUCGGCCUCACGUACAUGCUCUUCUCCGGCUUCUCCGAGAUGGCCAUCACGGUGGGUCGCCUCCCCGUCUUCUACAAGCAGCGCGACAACCUGUUCCUCACCGGCUUCGCGCUCAACAUGCCCACGUGCCUGCUGCGCAUCCCCUUCUCCCUGCUCGAGUCCUUCAUCUGGACAAUCAUAUCGUAUUACGUCGUGGGGCUGGCCCCGCAGGCCGACAGGUUCUUCAGCUUUUGGCUGCUGCUGUUUUUGGUGCACAGUAUGGCCAUGUCGCUGUUCCGCCUCAUCGGCGCACUCGGGCGCAGCAUGGUCAUGGCCAAUACGUUCGGCUCCUUCGCGCUGAUGGUCAUCUUCCUGCUGGGGGGCUUCAUUCUAGCCAAGCCCAAGAUUCAUCCUUGGUGGGUGUGGGGCUACUGGGUGUCCCCCCUCUCGUACGCCCAAAAUGCACUGGCCGCCAAUGAGUACACGGCCCCCCGGUGGAACGACCCCUACCCCGUGUCGCCCAUCGUGCUAUUUGGCCACGAGCAAACCAAUCUGACCGUCGGCGACCAAUUGCUGCUCAGCCGGGGCCUGCACACGCCGCGGUGGUGGGUCUGGAUCGGCGUCGGCACCAUGAUCGGCUACUACGUCAUCUUCAACCUCAUCUGCAACCUGGCCCUCGAUUACUCUUCAUCCUUGGAUAAAGUAAGCGCCAACAUGCCUGAAGAGGAGCUGAAAGCCAAGGAAGCAGCCGUCACGGGGGGGGUCCUCCCUCCUGCGGAUGCGCCCCCCGGCAACGGGACGGCCAAACCGCAGCAGAAAACUAUCCCCGAAGGCGACAUUGAGAUGGGGUCCGUGGAGGGCGAGAGGGCGCAGGCGGCGGCCGCGGCUGACGUCAUGCCGCCAGCCAAGAAGAGCCCAUCCAUGCGAAACAGCCUGAGCUUGCGCAAGCGCCCGAGUCUGCAGCAGCGAGCUUCCUACAUCGAGCCCAUUGCCGAGAAGGGCAUGAUCCUGCCCUUCCAGCCGCUCGCGCUCACGUUCGACAACAUGUGGUACUCCGUGGACAUGCCCAAGGGCAUCGACGCGGGCGGCGAGACGAAGCUGAAGCUGCUCAAGGGCAUCAGCGGCAGCUUCCGCCCGGGGGUUCUCACCGCGCUCAUGGGCGUGUCCGGCGCCGGCAAGACCACGCUCAUGGACGUCCUGGCCGGCAGGAAGACCGGGGGGUACAUCGACGGUGACAUCCGCGUUGGGGGCUUCCCCAAAGACCAGAAGACCUUCGCUCGCGUGUCCGGUUACGUGGAACAAACCGAUAUCCACUCCCCCCAAACCACGGUUCGCGAGGCGCUCCAAUACUCCGCCUGGCUGCGCCUUCCCCAGGACGUUGACCCGGCCACUCGCGAGGAGUUUGUGAACCAGGUUAUGGACCUGGUUGAGCUAACCGGGAUCCGUAACGCCCUGGUGGGGCUCCCCGGGUCCACGGGGCUGUCCGUGGAGCAGCGCAAGCGGCUGACGAUCGCAGUGGAGCUGGUGGCCAACCCGAGCAUCAUCUUUAUGGACGAGCCCACAUCAGGCCUGGACGCGCGCGCGGCGGCGAUCGUGAUGCGCGCGGUGCGCAACACGGUGAACACGGGGCGCACGGUCGUGUGCACCAUCCACCAGCCGAGCAUUGACAUUUUCGAGUCGUUCGACGAGCUGCUGCUCCUCAAACGCGGCGGGCGGACCAUAUACGCGGGCCCCCUCGGGGAGCACUCCCGAGAGCUUAUCGCGUACUUCAAGCAGUAUAACGGCGUGCGCGACAUCAAGCCCCAGUACAAUCCCGCCACGUGGAUGCUCGAGAACACGACGCCGUUCGUCGAGGAGGGCCUCGGCAAAGACUUCGCCGACUUAUACGCGGAGAGCGACCGGUUUAAAUCGCAGGAAGCGCUGAUCAAGGAGUUGAGCGUGCCCGCCCCGGGCACUCAGCCGCUCGCGUUUGCGGCGCAGUACUCGCAGUCGAUGCCGACGCAGUUCCUGGCGGUGCUGUGGAAAUUCAACAUCACGUACUGGCGCACGCCCGAGUACAACGCGGUGCGCUUCUUCUUCUGCAUCAUGGUCGGCAUCAUCUUCGGGACCAUCUUCUGGGACCUGGGCCUCCAGAGGCACACGACCGGUGACUUGCUCAACGUGUGCGGUGGGCUAUACGCGACGGUGCUGUUUCUGGGCGUCUCCAACGCGUCCACCGUUCAGCCAGUGGUCGCCGUUGAGCGGUCCGUAUUCUAUCGCGAGCGCGCUGCGGGCAUGUACUCGGCGAUCCCCUACACGCUCGCGCAGGGCGCAAUCGAGUUCCCGUACGUGAUAGUCCAGUCAAUCAUCUACAGCCUCAUCACCUACUCCCUUAUCCACUUCGAGUGGACCGCAGUCAAGUUCUUCUGGUACGUGCUGUUCAUGUUCCUGACGCUGAUGCUCUUCACGUUCUACGGCAUGAUGGCGGUGGCUAUCACGCCCAACGUGCAGCUCGCCGCGGUCCUCAGCUCGUCGAUGUACUCCGUCUGGAAUCUCUUCUGCGGCUUCCUCAUCACGCAGCCCAACAUCCCCGGGUGGUGGGUCUGGAUGUACUACCUCGACCCAGUCUCCUGGACGCUCUACGGGCUGGUGGGCUCCCAGCUGGGUGACGUCACCGAGGGCCCCUUCCCGUUCACCCAGGGGGCGCCCCCCCAGACCGUACAGGAGUUCGUCCACUCGUACUUUGGCUAUAAGCACAGCUUCCUGGGCUGGGCCGCUUUUAUCCUCAUCGUCAUGAUCGCCGUAUUCUGGGCGAUCGUCAUCUACGCCACUAAGAAGUUCAAUUUCCAGAGUCGUUAGUUGGGAGGGUUUAGAGAAGGGUUAGUUUCCGGGUUUCGUCAAACUUGUUGAUUAAGGCCCCCGGCUGAGCCCCUCGAGGCCUUGGUUUACCUAGUGACUGAUGACGGGGGUUGUAAAAUGUACGUCGUCGCUGUGUGUUUACGAGUGUAUGUGAAUUCGUGUUGUUGGGAAAUCUGUACCCGAAGCAGGAACAGGUUCCGACUGUAAACGCGUGAUACUGAAGGCAUGGUUGUACGUCGUUUGCAAAGGGUUUGGAUUCUGAAGACACUAUACAGUUGUUUCGUUUCUUAGGCUUGUGACUGUGAUACGUAGAGCAUACAAAGUGCGACUAAUUCUCGCAAGUCGGUCGGAACUCGUAGUGGCUGUAUGCAUUUAAUGCAAACUUUGCACACGUCAAGUUUUGCAACUCGAGCUGCAGCCUACGUUUGGAUCCGUUUUAGAAAGUCGAGGCCAAGUUCAAGAAGUAAUUGAUACAAGUUCACCCCGUACUAGUGUGCACAGGUCGACACUACAGCAUUCUACAAUACCUGAUUAAUCUGGCACUCUGACUUCAAUAUACUAUAGUAUCAAAGAUUUGUACACUGAUCGAUUUAAAUCGCCAAAAUUUUUGGCGGUUGGCGGAGAACGUUUUCCCUGCGGCUCCGAGAGAUUAAAAUUGCGCCUGAACAUAUGCAGGCUUUAUGGUGUAGACCUGUAACGAAC